UUAUGAAGUAGGCGCCUGACUUACUCUCAUCUUCUCUCUGGUAAAGGGUAUAAAAAGGAAGAAAAACACUGUUAUGGCUAAACCAGUCUAAACAGUUAAAAUGCCUUCAUGUAUUGUACCAGGAUGCAACAAUAGAUCAGGCGAGGCUCUUAAAGGAAAAGUUCAAAAAGAAAUAGAAAAGGCAAAAGGAGCGAAUAUUACAUUUCACAGAUUACCUUUAAACUUAAUGAAACGAAUGAAAUGGCUCGAUAAUCUAGGCAUAUCUAUGCCACAGCAGAAAAAUCCAAUGGUAUGUUGUGUUCACUUUAAAGAAAGUGCAUUCGAUAAGACAUCUCUAUCUUGUGUCAGGCUGAAGGAAACUGCUGUUCCAUGUGUCACGGUAUCAGAGAAUGAAGCAGUUUCGCCAUAUGAAACAAAAUUUUUUAUAAAGGAAAGUCUAGAACCGACCGUACAGAUAACGAUACCACGUGAUGUUCCGAUAAAACAAACAGAGAUCGAAAAUAAAAAUAACUUGGAUCGUACCGAUGAAUUGACUCUGAGAUCUAUGAAAGAGUCUAAAAAUACAAUGUAUGACGAGUUGCAAUUAGUUGAAGAGAAAAGAUUCGUUUAUUCCUCUAUGACGACAUCUUCAGAGCAAUUCUACAAUUUACACAAGAAACAUCAAUCAAAAGCAAAAAGCCCAUUGUCUAUAUCCAAUACGAUUAGUGAUAGUUUACAGAAAAGAUAUUCCCAUCGAACAUUGGAAAAUAUGAAGAACUUUUAUGAAAAAGAAAUUGAGCUCCUCGUGCAGAAGUAUCGUCAAUUAAAAAAACGGGAAGCUUUAUUGAGAGAUGUUCUCAAAUCCUUGAAAACAAAAAGAUACCUGACAGGAACAACUGGAAGUUCUACGUAACAUUAGUACAUCCAAUAUUGAUUUAUUGAAGUAUCAUGUUAAAGUAUAGAAACAACCUUUGUCAAGAUAGUAUUAGUCCUGAACUGUGUACUUUUAUAUUAAUGUUUAAUUAGUAUUCUCCUUACAUGUAUAAGUAUAUUAUAGAUUAAUUUAAUCCCCUUAAAAUGUACCUUGGCCAAAUACAUUUAUUUUUCCUUA